UACAUGUGACACUUGACAAGUCCCUGUUCCUUGCUGAGUGAGUCAUGUGUGACUUUUUAAUUGAUGGGAAUGGAGCUAAUAAUGGUCUUCCCUGCGAGGCUGUUGCAAGGCAUCUUUGUGAUGCUCUGGCCUGGCGGCUACUUGGUACUUGAUUUGUGCCAUGUCCUGACGGUCUCAGAGCUCUCUAUUGUCUGUUGGCGCUAGAUUCAGAGCUUGCUGUCUAGCUAAGGACAGCCUUGAGCUUCUUUCUGCUCAUGAUGCCUCUGUCUCCCAGGUGCUGGGACUGUGGGAUGUGUACCUGGUGAGUAUGGUGCUGAGACUGUGGGAUGUGUACCUGGUGUGUAUGGUGCUGAGACUGUGGGAUGUGUACCUGGUGUGUAUGGUGCUGAGACUGUGGGAUGUGUACCUGGUGAGUAUGGUGCUGAGACUGUGGGAUGUGUACCUGGUGUGUAUGGUGCUGAGACUGUGGGAUGUGUACCUGGUGUGUAUGGUGCUGAGACUGUGGGAUGUGUACCUGGUGAGUAUGGUGCUGAGACUGUGGGAUGUGUACCUGGUGUGUAUGAUGCUGAGACUGUGGGAUGUGUACCUGGUGUGUAUGGUGCUGAGACUGUGGGAUGUGUACCUGGUGUGUAUGAUGCUGAGACUGUGGGAUGUGUACCUGGUGAGUAUGGUGCUGAGACUGUGGGAUGUGUACCUGGUGUGUAUGGUGCUGAGACUGUGGGAUGUGUACCUGGUGUGUAUGGUGCUGAGACUGUGGGAUGUGUACCUGGUGAGUAUGGUGCUGAGACUGUGGGAUGUGUACCUGGUGAGUAUGGUGCUGAGACUGUGGGAUGUGUACCUGGUGUGUAUGAUGCUGAGACUGUGGGAUGUGUACCUGGUGUGUAUGGUGCUGAGACUGUGGGAUGUGUACCUGGUGUGUAUGAUGCUGAGACUGUGGGAUGUGUACCUGGUGAGUAUGGUGCUGAGACUGUGGGAUGUGUACCUGGUGUGUAUGGUGCUGAGACUGUGGGAUGUGUACCUGGUGAGUAUGGUGCUGAGACUGUGGGAUGUGUACCUGGUGUGUAUGAUGCUGAGACUGUGGGAUGUGUACCUGGUGUGUAUGGUGCUGAGACUGUGGGAUGUGUACCUGGUGUGUAUGAUGCUGAGACUGUGGGAUGUGUACCUGGUGAGUAUGGUGCUGAGACUGUGGGAUGUGUACCUGGUGUGUAUGGUGCUGAGACUGUGGGAUGUGUACCUGGUGUGUAUGGUGCUGAGACUGUGGGAUGUGUACCUGGUGAGUAUGGUGCUGAGACUGUGGGAUGUGUACCUGGUGAGUAUGGUGCUGAGACUGUGGGAUGUGUACCUGGUGUGUAUGAUGCUGAGACUGUGGGAUGUGUACCUGGUGUGUAUGGUGCUGAGACUGUGGGAUGUGUACCUGGUGUGUAUGAUGCUGAGACUGUGGGAUGUGUACCUGGUGAGUAUGGUGCUGAGACUGUGGGAUGUGUACCUGGUGUGUAUGGUGCUGAGACUGUGGGAUGUGUACCUGGUGUGUAUGGUGCUGAGACUGUGGGAUGUGUACCUGGUGUGUAUGGUGCUGAGACUGUGGGAUGUGUACCUGGUGUGUAUGGUGCUGAGACUGUGGGAUGUGUACCUGGUGUGUAUGGUGCUGAGACUGUGGGAUGUGUACCUGGUGUGUAUGGUGCUGAGAUGGAACUCGGAGCUUUGAGUAUGCUAGGCGAGCACUCUUCCAGCUAGAUUACACCUCUAGCCCUACCUGCCGGCUUGAGACUGGGUCUUGCUGUGUAGCCCAGGCUAGCCUUGAACAUAUUAUGUGACUUGGGCUGGCCUCCACAGUUCUUCAACAUCUUUUAAACAAUCGCUCAUUUAAGUGAAAAUUGGUUUUCUAUUUCUUUGGAGCCUGUUGGAGUCUGGUACCCCACCUCUCUUACCCGUCCCCUCCCAGUCUGUCUCUUAGACACACCAGAGGAGUUUCUGGCUUAGGGCACUAGACUCAGUGUCCCCUUUCCUGGAAUACUCUCUGAAGAGCCACACACUCAUUUUUCCUUCCCUGGGUUUCUACUUAACACCGCAGUCUUUGCAGAUCAGCCUUUUGAAAAUGGGCUCCCAGGUUGCCCUUGUCCCCCAGUUCCUCUGCCCCCAACUAGGAUCAAUGGUUUUGUCCCCCUUGGUAUUCUUAAGUAUUGCCUACAUUGAAGGCUCUCAGAAAAUCUGGUUUGCUUGCUUGUUUGUUUGUUUUACUGAGGACCCAGCCUUGCACAUGUUUGACAGAAAUCCUGUUACUGACCUCCAUGUCAAUCAAACCUUUUAUGUUUGAUGCAAAGCCUUAUACAGCUCAGACUGGCCUCAAACUCGCAAACCUCCUGCCUCAGUCUUCUGAAUGCUGUGAUUUCAUACACUACUAUGCCUGGUUUCUGUCUUAAUGGUCGAGAAAGGGCCUCACACUGGGUCGGGUGCUGUACUCCUUUGAUCCCAGCAUUUGGGAGGCAGAGACAAUCCCUGUGCAUUCUAGUCUAGUUUGGUCUAUGCACCAAGUUCCAGGACAGCUAGGGCUAUAAGCAUAGAAACAAAUAAAUGAAGACAGGGGGCCUCACUUUGUGGCCUGGGCUGUCCUCCUAAUUUAGCUUGCUAUGUGGUGGGACAGCCGGGGUAUGCUGCUGCGCCCGACUCGUGUAGGAAGUUGCCUUAAAGUGAUGAAUGGUCUACAUGCUGGGAUUUGGGGGGCCGCUAUUCCAACCAGACCUGUCAGAGUGUGGGGAGCAGGAGCGUGGACAUUUGCCAUCUGUGCUGGGACUCUCAUGACAACUUGCUGCAGUAACAUUUUUGAGAAUUAUGAAAUUUUGGUUUCGCUAAAAAACACAGAAAUAUUAUAAGACUGUGCUUUCAUUUUAGAUUUUU